UCCCAUUGGACAGACUCGAGCACGGUUUCCGUAGUGUUUAGUAAAUUCAAACUCCAGAGGGUCGUGUUUCUUGUUAGUUUGAAAGAUUUGCCGUGAGUUUCAAAAGAAAACGUUUAACGUGAAGGUGUGUUCACGAUGGGCGCGUGCGUGGUUCCUCACUGAAGUCCACGCGGGAGUGAGUUAUCACCGUCUGCCGAAGAAUUUAGAGACCUGCAAACAGUGGCUGAGAGCUGUAAACAACCCGAAGUAUGAAAAGGAGAGAGACCCGAGAAAGCUUCAAAACCUCCGAGUUUGAAAGUCUACAUUUGAGACCGGAAGACUACGAGGGGACCCACCUGAGACAAACUGCCGUCCCGUCUAUUGGUGUCAACAAAGAACUGGAGUCUGUUUUAGAUCCACGCAUAGGGGCCAAACAGCGUCUCAAACAGACAAACAUGGAGGGGAGAAACUGCUGCGUGAAGAACUGCCGCAGAUUCUCUCACGACCAGCUGGGGAGGAAGAUCCCAAACGGACUGACCUUCCACUGUUUCCCCUGCUGGAGGAAGAACGAAGGCAACGAGAUCUCCGCUCUGACCAUGAGGAGGCGGGCCGCCUGGGUGGCUGCGGUCGGACGAGGCAACAUCACAUUCAGCCACAUCCCCACAUCCAUGAGAGUGUGCUCCCGACACUUUCACUCCGGUAAACCCGCGUACGAGAUGCUGGAGUCGGAUCCGGACUGGGUGCCGUCUCUGGAGCUGGGUCACAGUGAAGGAGACGACAGACACACCGAGCUGCUCCUCAAGCCCGAGAAGCCGAAGGGGGAAAAGAAACUCAAAAAGACGACGAAGAAGACGUCAAGCGUUUUCAGACCUCCUGAAGGAGGACCAGAGCCAGCAGCAGCAGGAGGAGGAUCAGAAGGAGAAGGAAAAGGGGGUGGAGGAGGGCAAAGCGCGGGAGCAGGACAAAGAAAAAGAGUGAAAAGAGCAGGAAUAACAGCAGCAGCAGCAGCAGCAGGAGGAGGAGGAGGAGAAGGAGGAGUAACAGCAGGAGGAGGAGGAGGAAUAACAACAGGAGGAGGAGGAGAAGGAGGAAUAACAGCAGCAGGAGGAGGAGGAGAAGGAGGAAUAACAACAGGAGGAGGAGAAGGAGGAGAAGGAGGAAUAACAGCAGGAGGAGGAGGAGAAGGAGGAAUAACAGCAGGAGGAGGAGAAGGAGGAAUAACAACAGCAGGAGGAGGAGGUCCUGUCCGGGCGGCGGUCUAUCCCUGGAGAGAAGCCAAAUCUCUGCUGCAGUCGAUCCUGAAGCCUGAGCCGGACGUCAGACAGCGGCCUGCGGACGAGACGCACAAGGAAAUGGAGCUUCCUCCUAAAGAGGCCGGCUUUAGAGACUUCUUCAGAGAGUCUCUCAGGGCGUCUCUGGAGGUAUCCAGCAGGUCCUGGACUCUCCUAAAUCAGCAGACCAUCAGUCUCAGACCUUUACCUGAGAAGGAGAGCAGUUCGGAGUCCUGUAUGAGCUGUGAGCGUCUGCAGAGGAGCGUCACGGUGCUGCAGGAGGAGCUGACUCGGCACACGACUCCAACCCUCCAACCAGACCAGGUCUCACAGAGUCCUGAGACGGCCCACAUAGAGGAGGAAGUGCCUGACUGGGCGGAGCCUUUCGAAGGAGAUAACGAAGAUGAAGUCGUCGAGUCGUCCUCUGACAAGGUUUCCGUCUCAGCGAAGUUGAAGCUCCGGAAGGCCCCUCGCUUCCAGAAGAUCUGGCUCCACAAGUUCUGGUUCCUCCGAUACUCUCCGACGCUCAAAGUCAUGUGGUGCUACGUGUGCCGCCUCCACAGCGACAAGAAACACGGGGCCUGGGGCAUGAUCAGAGGCUCGAGGCUCUUCAAGCUGGACAACAUCAAGAAGCACAACUCCAGCAUCAACCACCGGAACAACAUGGAGCUCCACAUGACGCAGCUGUGCAGCGUGUAGGACCUGUUCACACAUCAGCCCCUGGAUGAUCAUCAGUCUGAUACGUUACCUCGUCAGGAACUCACGCUGGACCCUGAUUCAUGAGAGCGACCCAUCCGGGUACUUUGCCCAAAUGAUGCUGGCCCCGGCCCUUUCUGGGUGAAAUCAUUCCAUCUGAAUGAAUGGCGGUUAAUGGAAAAGUUGGGGUCUUUACCAAUUUAAAGUGGUGACCUCCUGUGUAAUA